CGUGCUUCGACGUUGAUUCUUGCUUUCUAUCUAGUAAUGGCCCGGCUGUGACUCAUUAAUUUCCCCGUCGUGAUUGAUUUUCCCCUCCUUUUUUCUUCUCUUCAGUACCUAUGAAGCAGCAGCAGCAGCAGCAUGGCGGACCAGACCCUCUACAGAUCCCCCGCCCAGGGACCCGUCCCUGGUGAAGACCCUUCAAAUCCCAAUCGAAUGCACCCCCAGGCUCCUUAUACAGCUCCCUCUGUUCCUGAUUAUCCUCCUGGUCCUUCCCCCCCUCAGCCCGGGGCCGCCUUCUACGGUACGCCCGCCGCCGCCUAUGGAUCUCCUCCCCCCGCACCACAGCAGCCUCUACAGGCACCGGCACAAUUCGCAUACAAUACCAGCCCACAAUCUGGAAUGGGUGCCCCUGUUGACCCAAUGAUGGCGGGAUUGACGUCCCAGAUGAGUGGACUGGGGAUAAUGGGAGGAGAUGGAGGCGCGCGGACAUCGAAGAAAAAGCACCGCCAUGCGCACCACGAUAUUGGUGGAGCUACCGCGGCCCCCCCGCAACAGUUUCCUGGUGGCCUUUCGGAUCCCAUGCAGCAACAAUCGUCGCAGUUUCUGAAUACUGGGUUGAAUCAAGCUCCUCGCCCUCUUUCACCCGGGGUGGGGGCUCCAGGCAUGGUGCCACAACCAAGCGCUCCUGGGGCUCCUGUAGAACCAGGUCAUGGUACAGUUCCUACGCAAGGCAGAAUUGAUCCGGAGCAAAUCCCCAGUAUCCCAAGAUCCCGCGAUAUACCAGCACAGUACUAUUUCAACCAUGUCUAUCCCACAAUGGAACGUCACCUAGCGCCCCCCGCGGCUGUUCCUUUCGUGGCUCACGAUCAGGGCAAUUCAUCCCCGAAAUAUGCUCGGCUCACGCUGAACAACAUUCCUUCCAAUUCCGACUUCCUUACCUCCACUGGCCUUCCCCUGGGAAUGAUCCUACAACCAUUAGCCCGUCUUGACCCUGGAGAGCAACCGAUCCCCGUCCUCGAUUUUGGAGAUGCAGGGCCUCCUCGUUGCCGCCGAUGCCGGACGUAUAUCAAUCCUUUCAUGACAUUCCGAUCGGGCGGGAAUAAGUUUGUUUGCAACAUGUGCACAUUUCCCAACGAUGUGCCCCCCGAGUACUUCUCCCCCCUCGAUCCUUCGGGGUCACGGAUCGACCGCAUGCAGCGCCCAGAGCUCAUGAUGGGAACCGUCGAGUUCUUGGUUCCGAAGGAUUAUUGGAAUAAAGAGCCAGUUGGUCUCCGAUGGCUGUUUCUGAUCGACGUCACCCAAGAAUCAAUUCAUAGAGGGUUUUUGAAGGGAGUGUGUAAAGGCAUUAUGCAGGCUCUCUACGAGACUGAGCCGUCCGAUGGCGAAAAGGAGACAACACCGGCUCGGCGCAUACCUGAAGGAUCGAAGAUUGGCAUUGUCACCUAUGAUCGAGAGAUCCAGUUUUAUAACCUCAGCGCACAACUCGAGCGAGCCCAGAUGAUGGUGAUGACUGAUUUACAAGAGCCAUUUGUUCCCCUCAGUGAUGGCUUAUUUGUUGACCCCUAUGAGUCUAAGGAUGUGAUCACCUCUCUCCUGGACCAGAUCCCCUCGAUAUUCUCUCGGGUCAAGACUCCUGAACCCGCUCUUCUGCCCGCUUUGAAUGCAGCCUUGUCCGCCUUGCAGCCUACCGGCGGUAAAGUCAUUGGCGCAAUUUCUUCCCUACCAAAUUGGGGUCCUGGGGCACUCUCCCUAAGGGAUGACCCCAAAGCUCAUGGAACAGAUGCGGAGAGGAAACUCUUUACCACCGAGAAUACUGCAUGGAGAGAAACGGCGGGCAAGUUGGCUGAGGCUGGCAUUGGUGUUGAUAUGUUCAUUGCGGCCCCGAGCGGAACUUAUAUGGAUGUUGCUACCAUCGGCCAUGUUGCCGAAGUCACUGGUGGCGAAACCUUCUUCUACCCGAAUUUCCAUGCUCCAAGGGACAUCCGAAAGCUUUCAGAGGAACUAGCGCAUGCAGUCACCCGCGAAACAGGUUACCAAGCCUUGAUGAAGGUCCGUUGCUCGAACGGAUUGCAAGUAUCCGCAUACCACGGAAACUUUGUGCAACACGCAUUCGGAGCAGACCUUGAAAUCGGCGCAAUUGAUGCUGACAAAGCACUUGGGGUCAUUUUCAGCUAUGAUGGCAAGCUUGACACCAAGCUGGAUGCCCAUUUCCAAGCCGCGUUGUUGUAUACUUCAGCCAACGGGCAGCGUCGGGUUCGCUGCAUCAACACGGUCGCAGCCGUCAAUGAGGGUGGUUUAGAGACUAUGAAAUUCAUCGACCAGGAUGCGGUUGUGAGUAUAAUUGCUAAAGAAGCGGCUGCGAAAACUGUCGAUAAAAACCUCAAAGAUAUUCGAGCUCAUAUCACCGAAAAGACUGUGGAUAUCUUUAGUGGAUAUCGUAAGAUCUUCUCCGGGUCGCACCCGCCAGGCCAACUUGUCCUACCUGAGAAUCUCAAGGAGUUCUCCAUGUUUAUGCUGGGCAUGAUCAAAUCACGAGCAUUCAAAGGUGGCCAGGAAGCAUCGGACCGACGGAUCCAUGACAUGAGGAUGCUCCGAUCCAUCGGUUGCACAGAGUUAUCCCUCUAUUUGUAUCCUCGCAUCGUUCCUAUUCACAAUAUGCAGCCAGAGGACGGGUUUCCCAAUGAACAAGGCCAGUUACAAGUUCCUCCCUCGCUUCGUGCCAGCUUCUCCAAGAUUGAGGAGGGUGGGGUAUACCUGGUAGACGAUGGGCAGCAAUGUCUCUUGUGGCUGCAUGCGCAGGUAUCUCCUAAUCUGUUAGAGGACCUGUUUGGCCCCGGACAUGCGUCACUACAAGGGUUGAGCCCUCAAACUUCAUCCAUCCCUGUAUUAGAGACGCAUCUGAACGCGCAAGUGCGUAAUUUGCUUCAGUACUUCUCUACAAUUCGAGGGUCGAAGGCGGUCACCAUUCAGUUGGCUCGACAGGGACUUGACGGUGCGGAGUAUGAAUUCGCACGCUUACUGGUCGAAGACCGCAACAACGAGGCGCAGAGUUAUGUGGACUGGCUCGUCCACCUCCACCGUCAGAUCAAUAUGGAGUUAGCGGGCCGUCGUAAACGUGAGGAUGCUUCUGUGGAGGGGACAUUAUCGAGCUUGUCUGGGCUACGGGCACCUUAUUGGUAACGGAGAGAUUUCUUUUCAGCAAUAUUUUACUUUUCAUCUCUUUCUUUCUGUCUUUCCUUUUUUUUUUCUUUUUUCUUUUUUCUUUUUUUUUUUUUGCCUCUCA